CGGAAACACGGAAGUGUCAGUUAGUUACAAAGUUUUCUGUCUGUAACACGAUAUGCCGCUUAACAUAUCAGCCAACUGACUUCAUAGUUUCUGACGGAGUUGUUUCCAGCUUUUCGUUUACGUGUGUUGUCUUCAUCUUCCUGUCAUGGCGAUAACUCUGUGUGUUGUUUUGAUAUUUGUAGCUGCCAUUCACAGAUGUGAGGGGGACCUGAGCUUUGCCUCCUACUAUGGGGACCACAUGGUGCUGCAGAAGUCUCCAGAGAGAGCUGUGCUGUGGGGCUAUGGCUCUGAUGGAGCACAGGUGACCCUCAUCCUGUCAGGACCAACAACACAGAAAACCUCACCAGUCACUGUGACAAAUGGAAUCUGGCGAGUCACCCUCGACCCUGUUGAAGCUGGUGGUCCCUACAAUGUGACAGCAGUCACCAAGGACAGCAAUGCCACUCUGACAGAUGUGCUGUUUGGAGAUAUUUGGCUGUGUGGGGGGCAGAGCAACAUGUGGUUUCAUAUGUCUAUGGUUUUCAAUGCAGCAGAGGAGCUGAAACUCUCAGAGAAUUAUACUGAUGUGAGGUUUUUUAUGGCGUCUUUGAGGACGGGUAAAACUGAGCAGCUUGAUUUGACUGCCGUGGAAAUUCCCUGGUCUGUGGCCCCAACAAAUCUGGAAGGUUUCUCUGCAGUCUGCUGGCUCUAUGGACGUUACUUGUACAAGACGCUUCAGUACCCCAUAGGACUGGUGGAGUCGUGCUGGGGAGGCACACCUGUCGAAGUCUGGUCAUCUGCAAGAGCACUGCAGCAGUGUGGACUAGAGAAUGCCGGUCCUAAAAAUAAUUCUGUCUUGUGGAAUUCAAUGAUCCACCCGCUGCUCAACAUGACCAUCAAAGGAGCCAUCUGGUACCAAGGUGAGGCAAAUACGUACCAUAAUGAAGACAAGUAUGCCUGCUCCUUUCCUGCUAUGAUCGAUGACUGGAGGAUGUCGUUUCACAAGGGCUCAGGGGGACAAACAGCGAAAGACUUCCCUUUUGGAUUUGUCCAGCUGUCAACAGACAUUAAAAACUCCACCAGUGAAUCCUUUCCGAAUGUCCGCUGGCACCAAACGGCAAACUUCGGCUAUGUCCCGAAUGAACGGAUGGCGAAUACCUUCAUGGCCGUGGCUUUGGAUUUACCAGAUCCAGAUUCACCCCUUGGCCCGAUCCAUCCCAGAGACAAGCAGGAUGUAGCCUACAGACUGACACUGGGAGCAAGGGCAGUGGCUUAUAAUGAGAAGGGCGUGGCCUUCCAAGGACCUUUCCCCAACCAAAUUCUGGAUAACGGAACGCAUGUCAUCGUUAACUACGACCAGAAGAUCUCUGUCAACAAGUCUGAUCACAUCUUUGAGAUCUGUUGCACAGAGACUCCAAUUUCAUGUGGGUCUAAGCCUCACUGGGUUCCGGCUCCCAUCGUGUGGAGUAAUAAGACCUCUGUCGAGUUGUCUACCAAGUUUUGUGAGCCUUCUCAAGAAGUGGGUGCCCUCCGUUACGCAUGGAGAGACUGGCCCUGCGACUUCAAAGCCUGUCCAAUCUACAGCGCCAAUAAGAUUUUGCCUGCACCUCCUUUUAUUUUCAACCACUAUUAGCCCUAAGGAAAGGAGAGAAGGAAACUGUAAGAUGUGAUAAAGUGCCUUUUUGUUUCUUUAUGUCAAAGUUGGCUUAUUUGUGGCCAGAUUUGAAAAGCCAGAUCAAGAUCAAUCAAUCAAUGAUGAGAUGAAAAGUGAUAAGCUCUGAACAAAAUGACAGACAGUGGAUUGUUACUGUGAGAAGCUGAAUUUAGAAAAUUUUUGUUGUUUUUUUUACUGAUAAUUAUGGCACUGACAAAGCACUUUGCCAUACAAUCUUAAAGGGAAUGGUUUUGGGUUUUUUUGUUUUUUUUGUUUACUUGAUUGUCAAGUUUUUUUUCUCUUUCCAAUCAGUAUGGGUGAGUUAUAGGUAGAGUGGGGCAGUGCCAGAUCCUAUGAAUCGUCAAGCAGUAAGCAACACUUACAAUUCAUGGCAUCUGGAUCCCAAACUUAUCUUAACGUUUAUUUUACUUUCUUUUUUACCACAGUAGUCAGGUUUUGUACAGCAUCCACUGUGUCUCAUCAGAGCGGAGAAUACCACUAGACUAAGGCUGCUAUGUCUUAGGUUGUAAUGUCUGGCAGUUUUAGUAGUUAGUCUGGCUGAAGACUCGCCAUCCAUUUUAUAGGUUUAUUUUUUUAUAGAUUUAUUGAAGCUUAUAAAACCCUUGUGGCAGAUGAUUAUAUAUUAUUUUGGUUUCAUCGUUUAUCCUGUUUGAAGUGUAUGCUGGUACAACCACUGCCAAUAAUUGCUGUAAAUAGAAAAGCAUGACAAAUGUUUUAUUUGAACAAAACUCUGGAAUGUUUUUAAGUUUACAACAGAAAUGAAUCUUUAUGAUUUUACAAUUUGCACAAAUAAAUGACAGCUCAGCGACUUUUGGUGGGUGAUACUUUCAAACCUGAUGCUUUUACAUUUUUUUAAAAUGGAUGGAUCACAAUAAAAUCAUUGAUAAAUCAAA